GUAUUGACGUCAUCGAUAAAAAUACUGUCGGUUCAUAUAACACUCGCAUGGAAAAUGUAUCUUUGAGUUCGGGCGGUCAAGUCGAUUUUAGUUGAGUAGAACCUUGAAAGGCAUUGCAAUCGCACCGCACUUCGUAAACGCGUUCCGUGAAAAAUUCUUGUGCAAGUUUUUCAAAAUAAUUAUCGUGAUACGCAGUUGUAACUUCAGUGUUUUUAAAUUGUGAGAAAUAAAAUAAAUCAGACAAAAUGUUCAGCGGAAUCGCAGGGGCGUUCCGAAGCAUCGGCGAGAAGACUGCUUCCCUUUUCGACCGUAAGAAAAAGGAUGCUGAGCAAGCUGCCGUGGAGAAGGCGCAGGAAGUCGCUCAUGUCGUAGAAGACCAAGUCAAGAAGGCCGGCGAGAUCAUUGGUGGAGCUCAACAAACCGCAACCAAUGCUGCUAGCACAGCCAACGACGCUAAGCACUCUGCCAUCGAUGCUCUAGACAAGGAACUGUCAAAGGUGUCCUUGGCAGCUGGUGAGGCGCAGGACGCCGCCAGCAAGGCUCUAGCUGAUGGCAAGAAGGUCGUUGACACCACUAAAGACACUUUGGCUACAACAGCAGAGAACACGAAAAAGGCCGCAGAAUCUGCGUUCAACACAACCAAAGAUACAGUUUCAAGCACUAUUCAGAGUACCGUAGAUACCACACAGAAAGUUGCUCAAUCGGCUAUUGAUACCGGGAAAACAUAUGCCACAACCGCUAGAGAUUCUGUUGCUAAUUCAGUGAAUAGCACUGUAGAGAACACAAAACACGCUGCACAAACAGCUGUAGAUACAGCAAAGACUUAUGUAGAUAGCGCCAAAGAUACAGUAGCAAGCACAGUAGAUAGCACUAAGAAAACUGCACAAAGUACAAUUGAGACUGGAAAAACCUACGUCGAUUCAGCCAAAGAUAGUGUAACGAACACAGUGCACACAACUGUAGAUGCUACUAAGAAUGCUGCUGCAGCUGCCGUUGAGAAGGGCACGACUAUGAUUGGCACUGCCAAAGAAACCGUAGCGAGCUCUAUUAGUACCACUGUAGAUACAACUAAAAAUGUGGCUGCCGCUGCCGUAGACAAGGGUACAUCACUCAUUGGAACAGCUAAAGAUACAGUUGCCAGCACUGUAGAUACAUCUAAAAGUGUAGCAGCUGCUGCAGUAGAUAAGGGCACUUCAUUAUUUGGCACAGCUAAAGAUACUGUUACAAGCACAGCACAGAGCACAGUAGACUCUACUAAGAACGCUGCAGCAUCAGCUGUAGACCAAAGCACGACAUUCAUUGGCGCAGCCAAAGAUAACGUAACGAGCACAGUGCAAUCAACAGUCGACACUUCCAAAAAUGUCGCUUCUGCAGCUGUUGAUAAGGGCUCAUCAUUAAUUGGUUCAGCUAAAGACACAGUAGCAAACACGGUAAACGCGACAGUAGACACGACUAGAAAUGUUGCGGCAGCCGCUGUGGAGAAAGGCACUGCUGCUUUUGGCACUGCUAAAGACACGGUAGCCAGCACAGUCCAAGCCACAGUAGAUACUACUAAAAAUGUAGCAGCUGCUGCUGUUGAGAAGGGCACUACCGCAAUUGGCACUGCUAAAGACACAGUAGCGAACACAGUUCAUACGACAGUAGACACGACAAAAAAUGUUGCCGCAGCCGUUGUUGAGAAAGGCACAACUGCUAUUGGCACCGCUAAAGACACAGUAGCGAACACAGUCCAUGCUACAGUAGAUACCACUAAAAAUGUUGCUGCGGCCGCCAUUGAGAAAGGGAGUACCGCGAUUGGCACCGCUAAAGACACAGUAGCGAACACAGUUCAUGCGACGGUAGAUACCACUAAGAAUGUAGCUGCAGCCGUAGUUGAAAAAGGCACAAACGCUAUUGGCACUGCUAAAGACACAGUAGCAAACACUGUUCAUGCGACUGUGGAUACAACAAAGAAUGUAGCCGCAUCCGUCGUUGAAAAAGGCACUACUGCUAUUGGCACCGCUAAAGACACAGUAACAAACACAGUUCACGCAACAGUAGACACGACUAAAAACGUAGCCGCAGCCGUCGUUGAGAAAGGCACAGUCGCUAUUGGCACUGCUAAAGACACAGUAGCGAACACAGUUCAGGCGACAGUAGACACGACUAAAAAUGUAGCCGCAGCCGUCGUUGACAAAGGCACAAAUGCGAUUGGCACUGCUAAAGAAACUGUAGCAAAUACUGUACAUUCUACGAUAGACACGACUAAAGAGGUCGCCGCUGCAGCUGUUGAGAAAAGCUCUUCCAUUAUUGGUAGUGCUAAAGACACUGUAGCAAGCACAGUCCAUAGUACGGUAGACACAACAAAAAAUGUAGCCGCUUCAGCAGUUGAGAAGGGUUCGUCCUUAAUAGGAAGUGCCAAAGAUACCGUAGCACAAACUCUUGACACAACGAAACAAGCGGCAGCUUCUGCUGUAGACACGGGGGUUUCAUACGCUGCUAGCGCCAAAGACACGCUAGCAAACACUGUUCUUAGCACUGUAGAUACGACGAAAAGUUUGGCUUCAUCAGCUGUAGAUAAGGGGGUGUCUAUUGUUGGAGGUGCUAAAGACACAGUAGCUCACACGCUUGACUCUACAAAGCAAGCAGCUGCUUCUGUGGCGGGCACUGGCUUGUCGUACGCCACUAGUGCUAAAGACACACUUGCCAAUACAGUACAUAGCACAGUAGAUGCCACCAAAAAUGUUGCUUCAUCUGCAGUUGACAAAAGCGCGACUUUUGUGGGCAGUGCUAAAGAUUCGUUGGCAAGCACAGUAGACUCAGCUAAGAAUGUAGCAGCAGGUGCCGUUGACACAAGCGUAUCGUUUCUAGGAAAUGCUAAAGAUUCAGUAUCAAGCACUGUACUGGGCACUGUUGACACGACGAAGAAUGUAGCAGCUUCAGUUUUUGAUAAAGGGGUUAAUAUGGUUGGAAGUGCCAAAGAUACGAUCAACACCACGGUGGACGCGACUAAGAAGGCAGCUGAGGACGCUAAGGCUCAAGCCGCUAAGGCCGCUGAGGACGCCAAGGAGAAGGCCAGGCUCGCCGCCAAGGCCGCCGAAGAAGAGGCCAAGAGAGUUGCUAACGCAGCCGUAGAGGAAUCUAAGAAGGCGGCUGAGAAAGCUGCUGCAGACGCCAGCAACGCCAUCAACAGCACAGUGGACAACACUCUGAAGAGGGUGGAGAAUGCCGCGGACGAGGGCAUCAAGAACGCCAGCACCGUCGUCGACUCUAAGAUCAAGGACGCUGAUAAAUACCUCAACGAGAAGAGGGACAAUCUUCUGACGAACCUGUCGUCCGCUGUCAACGAAGCAUCAACAGGCGCCUCCGGUCUAUUGAGCAAGGGGCUGACUGCCUUCCCCAAGUAGAUGUCCAUCACGCUUGUCCCAUCAUCGCUACUUUCAAAUGUGGAGUGGAAACAUAACAGGAAUUAAUUAUUACAUAACUGUAAAGCCAUGAGUUUCUUCAAUGUUAUAAAAAUAAUCCAAAUAUGUACUUGUAAUUAUGACAACUGUGGUUUAGAAGUAUCAUUUUCAACUUGGCACUUUUUACACUUAGCCAGAAACCAACUACAGUUCGUGUCUAAGGGACUUGUUAUUUUUCCUAUCUACAUAUUUCGAAUAGUCCAUCACAUUUUGUUUAUAAACAUGCACAUUGUUGGUAAGUUUUGUUUUAUUAAUAGUACAAUAUUGUAUAGUUUUUUAGUUAGUAAGUUUUACUAACAUAAAUGUUAUGUGACAUUGUUAAGAACAAAAUAAAAUAUUGUAUUAAUUACCUAACGAUACUUUAACAACUAUGCAUUAUAUUCUUUGCAAAUUUUAUAUUAAAAUAUGUCUAAAAAUAUGAAUUUGCAUUAAAUGUUUUAUAUUUAAGUCACAAAAUUGCAAUCUCAUGUGUACUCGUCUAUAUUAUUUCUAAGAUAAUUUUAAGUUAUUGUAAGCUCAUUUUAUACUUUGCAUUUGGAAUGCAUUUCGCAUACACUUGUCUCGAAUUUCUAUGCUUGGCUUAAUACCGUCCAUGAUAGCCUUUUAAAAAUUAAAAUAAGGAGUAAAUUCAUCGUUCCUACAAUAGUACCUACCUUACCAAGAUACAGGCAUAAAGUCUCGCGUACAUCUACCUAUUAAUAAAGUCAAAGUGCUUACGAAGCCGAAGUAUAUUGAUAUAAUAUCUGUUAUUUACACUACUGCUUAGCAGUCUAUUUUAUGAGAUGAAUAUACGGAUGUUAAAAUAUAGUAGAUAUAUAUUAUAUAUAACGGUCAUAUUUUUCAAAUGGCGCUUAAAAUUGUUACUUAUAUGUGUUUAUCUGUUUUAAUCAAAUUACUAUGUAUUGUUCAUCGAGAUAUUCUUAUUCUCUAUACCUGUUAAAUUAUCAUACUAUGUGUUGUUCAAUAAAUACAUGCAAUCCAUAAUUCGAG